AUGCCUCAACAAGUCCCCUCCGCCUCCUCCCUCCACGACCUCUUCAGCCUCAAGGGCAAGGUCGUCGUCGUCACCGGCGCCUCCGGCCCCCGCGGCAUGGGCAUCGAAGCCGCCCGCGGCUGCGCCGAGAUGGGCGCCAACGUCGCAAUCACCUACGCCUCGCGCCCUGAAGGCGGCGAGAAGAAUGCAAAGGAGCUAGCCGAGAAGUACGGCGUCAAGGCCAAGGCCUACAAGCUCGACAUCGGCGACUACGCGAGCGUCGAGAAGCUCGUUAAGGACGUGAUCGCGGAAUUCGGGCAAAUCGACGCCUUCAUCGCCAACGCCGGCCGCACCGCCAACUCCGGUAUCCUGGACGGCUCGGUCGAGGACUGGAUGGAGGUUCUGCAGACCGAUCUGAACGGCACAUUCCACUGCGCCAAAGCCGUUGGCCCGCACUUUAAGCAGCGUGGCAAGGGUUCCCUCGUCAUCACCUCUUCCAUGAGCGGUCACAUUGCCAACUUCCCCCAGGAGCAGACGAGCUACAACGUUGCGAAGGCGGGAUGUAUCCACAUGGCUCGUUCGCUGGCGAACGAGUGGAGGGACUUUGCCCGUGUCAACUCGAUCUCCCCCGGCUACAUCGACACCGGUCUGUCUGACUUCGUCGACCAGAAGACGCAGGACCUGUGGCUGUCCAUGAUCCCCAUGGGCCGUAACGGUGAUGCGAAGGAGCUGAAGGGUGCUUAUGUCUACCUUGUUUCCGAUGCCAGCACGUACACCACUGGUGCGGACCUGGUCAUCGACGGCGGUUACACCUGCCGGUAA